AUGGCUUCCUUUUGUAAAAAUCUGUUUUUCUUAGUUUUGCUAGUGACCUUCUCUUCUAUCCAAGCUAGAGAGGGCAAGUUUUUUAAUAAGUUCGUGAGGCACAAUAGAAUCACAACAGAGAGCGGUAAGAAAGAGUCUACCAUUUCUUCAGUGCCAAUUGAAGCACCUACAUUAGCACCAGCACCUUCACCAGCCUUGCUAGUAAAUGUACCAGAACUAGCACCAGCAUCAGCGCCGGUGUACGGCGAGAGUGAAAAGGGCUAUGGCCUUUUCGGCGAGGGAUCGGGGAUGUUCCCUCCUAAGGAGACUUCGACCACCACUCCCACUACUACCACUACUGUCGAUGAAAAUGAGCUUUUGAAUGAAGAACUUGAUGCUGUAACCUACGACCAGAAGUACGAAAAUAGCAACUACAACAACAAUGGCGACACUAGAACCUACAACAAUAAUGGCUAUGGCACGAGCAACUACAACAACAAUGGCAACACCAGAACCUACAACAAUAAUGGCUAUGGCACGAGCAACUACAACAACAAUGGCAACACCAGAACCUACAACAAUAAUGGCUAUGGCACGAGCAACUACAACAACAAUGGCAACACCAGAACCUACAACAAUAAUGGCUAUGGCACAAGCAACAACAACAACAAUGGCUAUAAGCUUGGUAGUGCUAGAUAUGAUACAGGAAAUCAAAACAGCAAUGGCUACACCGACAACUACUACAACAAUGGCUACAAACUUGCUGGUGAAAGCUAUGAAGCAGGCAAUCAAAAUAGUGAGAAUGGCUACACCAACAACUACAACAACAAUGGCUACACCACAAACUACAACAACAAUGGCUAUGAGACUGAUAAACAAGGGAUGAGUGACACAAGAUUUGUGGAGGGUGGUAAACAGGGGAUGAGUGACACAAGAUUUGUGGAGGGUGGGAAGGUAAGCACGCAAAAUCAAGGUUCUUAUGGAAAUGAUCAGAACCCUAAUGAGUUCAACACCAUGGAGGAGUAUGAGAACCAGGAGGGAUACAAGGAAAGCCAAGAGGAGUCUUUGCCUUGA